GUCAACAUUGUCAAAAGAUGAGCAAUUAAACAUCAACUAAAUGAAGAAAUGUAAAAACUUUAAUUUUUCGUUAUUCCGUUUACAAUACGACAAAACCGCGGUCUUCUGCAUCGUCUAAAACCCACGGGAAUCGCCGAAACGCAGUCCGGAACAACGGCGAACCCAUCGCACGACGAAGAUGAGUUUCUUAUUCGGAAGCCGUUCGUCCAAAACGUUCAAACCGAAGAAGAACAUCCCCGAAGGCACCCACCAGUAUGAGUUGAUGAAACACGCAGCCGCCACCCUCGGCUCGGGCAAUCUUCGCUUAGCCGUAAUGCUCCCCGAAGGGGAGGACUUGAACGAAUGGGUCGCAGUCAACACCGUGGAUUUCUUCAAUCAAAUCAACAUGUUGUACGGGACGAUAACGGAGUUUUGCACCGAAGACAGCUGUUCGAUCAUGUCGGCCGGGCCGAAGUACGAGUACCAUUGGGCGGACGGGCACACCGUGAAGAAACCCAUCAAAUGUUCCGCUCCGAAAUACAUAGAUUAUUUAAUGACGUGGGUGCAGGAUCAGUUGGACGAUGAGACUUUGUUCCCUUCGAAAAUCGGAGUGCCGUUCCCGAAGAAUUUCCAAUCGAUAGCGAAGACGAUACUGAAGAGAUUGUUCAGAGUGUAUGCCCACAUCUACCACCAGCAUUUCAGCGAGGUGGUGCAAUUGGGCGAGGAGGCCCACCUGAACACGUCGUUUAAACAUUUCAUAUUUUUUGUACAGGAAUUUAAUCUAAUCGAACGACGCGAACUAGCCCCCCUGCAGGAAUUAAUCGAUAAAUUAACGGCGAAGGAGACGCGAUGAACGCCGCGCGGAUAAUUUAUACUUAUAUAUUUUUUUACAUCUAUAUUUACUCUAUAUACCUCCUAUGUGCAUUUAUUUCUCGAAUUUCGUGUGUCUCGCAUACUAUCGUUUUUAUUUUCAAUGUUUAAGCACAACACCGAGGAUGUUUUUUUAAUUGUAUCCGGACGAAUCCGUUGGAAGUUCGUUUGCUAUUCGUAGAUUUUAAGAUUUGAACAAAACAAAACACACGCUUUAGAAUCCGUUUUUUAGAGAACCCGAGAUGGCUUCUUUACUGAUACAUUGUUAAUACUUAGGCUGGUUAAUUUACUGUUUAUAUUUUCAUUCGCGAAUUUAAGUUGUAAUUAAAAUUUAAAUUUUAGUUUA